CGUAUGACUCCCAUCAUGUAUGCUGCCCGGGAUGGUCACCCUCAGGUUGUUGCUCUCCUUGUUGCUCAUGGAGCAGAAGUUAAUGCCCAGGAUGAAAAUGGUUAUACCGCUUUAACGUGGGCAGCGCGUCAGGGUCAUAAACAUGUAAUUUUGAAGUUGCUAGAACUUGGAGCUAAUAAAAUGUUACAGACCAAAGAUGGAAGGACACCAAGUGAAAUUGCAAAAAGAAAUAAACAUCUUGAGAUUUCCAACUUUCUUUCUUUAACUUUAAACAUAUUGGAAGGAAAACAACAGCUAACUAAAGAAGAGACUAUUUGUAAACUAUUGGCAGCUGAUUCUGAUAAAGAAAAGGAUCAUAUAUUUAGUUCAUAUACAGCAUUUGGAGAGCUGGAAAUAUUUUUACAUGGUCUUGGACUUGAACAUAUGACUGACUUAUUAAAGGAAAGGGAUAUAACUUUAAGACACCUUUUAACCAUGAAAAAAGAUGAGUUUACAAAGAAUGGAAUUACUAGUAAAGAUCAGCAGAAAAUCCUAGCUGCCCUUAAAGAACUGGAGGUAGAAGAGAUAAAUUUUGGAGAGUUACCUGAAGUGGCAAAGUUGGAAAUCAGUGGUGAUGAGUUCCUCAACUUUCUUCUGAAAUUAAACAAACAGUGUGGCCAUUUAAUAACAGCUGUGCAGAAUAUCAUUACUGAGUUGCCUGUAAAUUCUCACAAGAUAGUACUAGAGUGGGCUUCUCCCCGGAAUUUUACUUCAGUUUGUGAAGAGCUUGUUAGUAAUGUUGAAGAUUUGAGUGAAGAGGUCUGCAAACUAAAAGACUUAAUUCAGAAGCUGCAAAAUGAACGGGAAAACGAUCCAACUCAUAUACCAUUAAUAGAAGAAGUAUCUACAUGGAAGAGUAGAAUUUUGAAGUGGACAGCUAUUACAGUAUGUGGAUUUGGGCUGUUUCUGUUCAUUUGCAAGCUAACUUACCAGAGAAAAUAACCCUAAUAUUUGUUUUAAGUAUGUAUAUCCAACUUACUAUCCUGACACUGCUUUUAAUCAUUUGUAACACAAUGUAGCCUUAUUUCUUUGAAACGCCAUAGGAAAAAUUAUGAUAACAUAAAGGGGAGUUUUUCUUUA